UGCGAAGACAGAAUUUUCAUAUUUGAAAGGGUUCGAUAUCGAUAUUGGGAAACGAAUCAAGGUCAAAAAACUCAGUCUAAUAGUUGAAAUUUAAAAAUUUUAUUAAUUCAAUCCGAUUGGUUUCGUUUUGUUAUGGUUCGGUUCUAUAUCAUCAAACCAAUCGGUUUGGUCCUAAAGAUAAUUAUAAAUAUUCACCAACACCAGUGUUAAACACAUAUCAACAAACCUAAAGUUAGAUAAACAAAGAGAAAAUGGCAAAGGCUAUCGUUUCCAUCUUCGUUGUCUUUUUCAUCUUCUUCUUAGUCAUUUCCGAUGUGCCGGAGAUAGAAGCGCAAGGUAACGAGUGCUUGAAAGAAUACGGAGGUGAUGUUGGUUUCGGCUUUUGUGCGCCUCGGAUAUUUCCGACGAUUUGUUACACAAGAUGCCGUGAGAACAAGGGAGCUAAAGGUGGAAGAUGCCGUUGGGGACAGGGCAGUAACGUCAAAUGCUUAUGCGACUUCUGCGACGAUACUCCACAGUAAAAUCUAAAGCAAUCGCUAAUCAAUGCACUAAGGCUGCCAUAGACGCAAUUAUUAUACACGUUGUCUUUACGUACAUUCACAAGUUUUAGUCAUGGUUUGUGUAAUAAAUGAAUGUGAAUGGUCUAUCCAAGUGAUGUAAUGUGAAAUCAGAAAUAAUGAAAGUGUGACUUUUGCUACUACAAUCAUGUUUUGGUAAUACAAUUUGACUAAGAAAGAAGAAACGUGCGAGUUUGGUUGCCU